ACUCAAUAGGGAUAACGAUAAUACAGUUAUAUUGCUGAGAACCCUACCCCGUAGAAACGAGGGCGCUGUUAAUAAUUUCGGAAAUUACCAGAUAAUUAGAGACAUUUCUAAACAAUUUUGGAAAUUUCUGAAAAUUUUCUUAUUUCACAAAAGUAGGGUUGUCAGUAGUGUACGUGCAAUAGAAUUAUACCCAUAUAGUAUAAACCGAAACGAUACAGAAGUUUCGGUAAAUUCCUAGUAAUCACUGAAUUCACUGAAGAUACUCUUGUGCUUGGGUAUUCUGAUCUCACAAGUAUAUAUCGAAUGUUUGUGUAUUACUGUCAGAAUGACAGUUGGAUUUUCGGUCUUUUCUUAAAUUUCUUUUUUCGAAAAUCUGGCCACUGCUGUAUUCUGCAUCGUACGUGUUUCCCGUUAUCUCAACGUUGCGUCAUAUUACACUGAUAAGAUGAAUCAGGAAUUCUGUUCAGAUUCCAUUUUCAUACAUGAAUUUCGAUUUGAAUUCUGAUCAAAAAAUAAAAUUUUGUUUCAUGUUAUCAUAUUACACGAAUCUACAUAUGUAGACAGAAACCAACAUUUUACUGAACAUUUAUGUCUUUGUUUCUAAGAAAUAAUGCCUAACGCACAACAGCACGACUCGCUUGGCGCUAGACUAAACAUUCAUCUAUAUUUGUGCAUACAUUAAAAUCAUUUGGUAUUGAGUUGCGAAAACUCGAGAGUUUCAGAACUUUUACAAAACUUAAAUCAGUGUUCUUGAACGCUAUGAAAACAAAAAUGCUUUUCCGAAAUAUAAAGAAAUCUACAAAAUCUAUGAUUUUCAAAGCAAAGUCGAAACGUUAUAAAUUAUCAUAGAAAAAACUACGAAAUCUUGGAGAACCACAUGGCUAAUGCUCAAUUUUACUUUAGGAGUAUUUUAAAUCGUUACUAUACAUUUUGUGGAUAAAUAUUAUCGGAAUAAAAUCUUUCAGCAGGUUACCUUAUUUUUUUCCCGCACGAUAAACUUCCUCAUGACGAUGUGAAUGUGGUUGUAAAUAUUUGUUUUGAAGAGUCAUGCAUCCACGUCCGCGUAAAACACAAUUUUCUACCAAUUGAAACAAUUAAUACUCUUCAAUUCCCUCCUGUGAAAAACUCUCUUAGACCUAUACUCCUUGCUAUUUUCACAAGUACACUCAAAACAUUAGGGCGUUUGAUUCACGCACCACUCAAAGCAGCCACUCACAGUUACAAGCUGUGUCGUACCGGUGCAAUUUCCUAAACUUCUACUGUUAUAAUCAUGAAACCAUCAUUUUAAUAUCAAAUUUUUCAAAGACGUAUCCUUCUUGUGUCCUAGAAUUUGCCGAUCUUUGAUUUCAAAACCUCUGUUAUGUCCGAAGUGUUCUCCUUCGAACAUAAGACUGAACAAAACGAAUGAUGAGUACUGCUUUCUAGUACAGUGGUUAAUACGUCUGCCCGAAAAGCAGGAGAUACAUGGUUCGAUUUCAUGUGAAUGGGGAUUAUUCUUUUGUUCCGUUCUAUGGUCAUAGCAUCAUGUUGCUGUCUUGCUGAUAGCUGAGUUUAAUAAUAUGAGAGAAACAUAAAGAGAAUAGAAAUGAAACCAUACCAAACUCUCUUAUUGUGGUAAAUCCAUUUUCUGCAGUUUUGCAUCUACGCAAAAAUUUUCUUUUACCUUCAUGGUAACUGAUUCAAUCUUAGUUUCACACUCUUUAAUGGGACCUUUGGUGCCACGGACAUGGAAGGAAAAAUUGACUUCUUACAAUCGUUCUUUGCAGCCGUUAGUUACUCGUUGACGUCCCUCAGGAGCACCACUCACGGUUAGCAGCUGCCUUCGCAGUAUAACUUCAUGAAUACCUAUUCGUCUGUCUUGCUUGAAUAGAAGUUCUCAGGUCGCAUCUUAAGUGUAAAUUUUGGUUCUAUUAUCAGAAGACUCGGAAUUUGUACUACCAUAAUUCAAAACCGAUGCAUUUCAUUUCGAUUAUUCAAAAGAUUUUUAAGUGAACACCUUUAUAUUGUAGCUAAGUGAACACAGGUACUGAAGAACGGCAAUAAAAAUAGCAAGAAUUAUGUUUAGAUAGUUUUCAUUUUUUGCGUGAUAACUUAAAUUCAAUACAACGUGUCUCAAAUGCAUUAGCAACAGCACACUACUGGUUGCGUUUGAAAAAUUAAGUCAGAACGCUAAUGAUUCGUUAGUUAUUGAUCGAGUAAAUUUUUGAAACAACUCUAUGUCUCCGAGCUAUAUCAUCUGAUAGACUAGUUUUCUAAUGGCAGAAUCUCUUAAUGAUCUUCUUUGUUUAUAUUAAAUUGUAUCCCGAACACUUUGAUAUCAACAAUGAGUUUAGUUUAACAAGGAAAGGAUGGAUUAGGUGUUUCGGUUGCGAUUAAAUGCUAAUAAAUUUGAAUGAACUUUUGUUGUUUCGACUAAAUGUCUUUCAUAAGUUGAGAAAUAUCACAUGUGAUCAAGUAUAAACCACUAUUUCAGCCCAAGUAAUUGCACUUACGGUCUUUGGCAACGCAGUUUGACUGGAGAAGUAUCAUUAUUAUCUUUAUUUGGCUCUGUGUAGUAAAACUUCUCUGUCCACCGAGGAAAGAGGCAUUCGCCCUUUCGAGGAUGUAUUCGUGAGUGGUCAAUGUUCAUUACUGCCAAACAUCUCACCUCGUUUAUGAUACUUCCUCAAACAAAAGUAACCUCAAAGAUUGUUCAGAGUGUGGCUGUACUUUAGGAUCAUUUUUUCACAAAGUGUUACAUCCACAUCCCCACUCACUCAUAUCGUCAUGUGUAUCGGCGAUGUUCAUGAAAACGUUGUAAACAGAAGAAAACAAAGAUUUUCAUGGCAAGAAUUUCUGUUUCUCCCAACGUAUGAAAAACUACUGGUGAUAAAAAAAAAACCAUUGCCAGUGAAUUCAACUUUCAAAGAUAAACCUCAUCAGACUUCAAUAAUCUGAACAUACUAAACAUUUUUUAGCAUUCGUUCCAGUCCGAGGAAGUUCUAUCGGCAUUGAUCCAAUUGCCAGUUGGGAACAAAACGGUAUCACUAUUGUUGGAGGAAAUGGAUGGGGUGAUCUAACCAAUCAGCUCAGAUUCCCAUGGGGUUUAUUUAUCGAUAAUGAUCGGAACAGUAUCUAUGUGGCUGAUCAAUUUAAUCAUCGAAUUAUUAAAUGGGAAUCGGGUACAAGAAAUGGCCAAGUCGUUGCUGGUGGGAAUGGAGCAGGCAGUGGGGCUGACCAAUUGAAUCACCCACUAGAUGUGAUCGUCGACAAGCAGACCGAUAGUCUAAUCAUAGCUGACAAUGAAAAUAAACGAAUAGUUCGAUGGUCUCGAUGCAACGAAGAUACUGGGAUAACAAUUAUAUCGAAUAUAAGUUGUGUGGGUUUGACUAUGGACGAAAAUGGGUCUCUGUAUAUCGUCGACAGCAAUAAACAUGAAGUCAGACGAUAUCAAAGGGGAGAAUCUCAAGGAACCAUAGUUGCUGGUGGGAAGGGACCAGGAAAUCGUCUGGAUCAACUCUGUUACCCUUAUUACAUAUUUGUCGAUGGAGAUCAGUCAGUCUACGUGUCUGAUCAUGGAAAUCAUCGUGUGAUGAAAUGGAUGCAAGGUGCAACACAAGGCGUUGUCGUGGCUGGUGGUCAAGGAAGCGGAAAUGGUCUUGCACAACUAUCAGCUCCUCGAGGAGUGAUUGUCGAUAAAUUGGGCACUGUUUAUGUUGCUGAUCGGAACAAUAAUCGAAUCAUGCGUUGGCCAAAAGGGGCCUGCCAUGGAAGCGUCGUUGUUGGAGGAAACGGUCGAGGAGGAGAAUCCAAUGAACUCAAUCACCCCAUCGGAUUGUCAUUUGAUCCACAGGGCAGUCUCUAUGUCGCCGAUUACGAUAAUCACCGAGUCCAAAAAUUCAACAUAGCCCCAGAUACAUAA